AAACAAAAAGAAAAAACAACCAUAAAAAAGUGAUUAAAGUUCAAAAAGACAAAAAUAAAUGAAAAUAAAUUGUAUGCAUUUCAUACAAUGUACGCAAUGCAUUAAUUAUAUUUAGAUUAAUUGUGUAAAUGAAUGUAUCCUGCUGGUAUGCAUGUAAAUUAUGAAGGGUGGAGCGCAGUGAUGGCGCUGUAAAAAAAGGUUUCGUGUAUGAGCAAUAGGUGCCAUUAAUAUGAUUUAGGGUCAUUCAAGGUACACACAUCAUAUAUCAUACAUCAGUAAAGUAAGCACAUUCUAAAGAGUGCGCGUAUACACACAGACACAAACAUCUACACUAAUAAACGGAUUUUCGUACGUACAUAUGCGUACGUAUAUAUGCAUGUACAUACGUAUACCCACAUAUAAAGAAUAUAAAAAAGGACAGACACCAUGUACGUGCAAAGAUCAAAUGUUCAACAAUUAUGUUUUACGUAUAUAAAGAAUAUCCAGAGAAUUCUAAUAUGAACGAAGCCAAUCAAUUAUGAGUGUCAAUUUAUGUGGUGUUGUCCUAUCUCUUGUCGUCAUUUGGUAACGGGCAACAGUUGAAUACCGCAGCAAUAUGAUUUUAACAAUUUACCAUCAACAACAUCGCUUAGGAUGCCAUAUUAAUAUGCAGCUUUUACUCUUAAUACUGUUAGAAAUGCGCACUAUAUAUGGAGAUGUUUCCUCUCAUUACUGGGAAAGUCCGUAUUCGCAACCGUACUUUGACAAUUCCUCACGCAGGGAGGUUACCGCAAUUGUAGGUCAAGCUGCUCUCCUACAGUGCCGAGUCAGAAAUUUAGGAGAUAGAGCUGUUUCCUGGAUACGUAAAAGGGACUUACACAUAUUGACGGUGGGCAUACUGACCUAUACAAACGAUCAACGAUUUCAAUCUUUACACACAGAAGGCUCAGACGAGUGGACCUUAAGAAUAUCGUCGCCACAACCUCGCGAUUCGGGCACAUACGAAUGUCAAGUGUCAACCGAGCCAAAAAUCAGUCAAGGCUUUCGUUUAAACGUAGUCGUGUCACGAGCGAAAAUUCUUGGUAAUCCGGAAUUGUUUAUAAAAAGUGGAAGCGACAUUAAUUUAACUUGUUUGGCAAUGCAAUCGCCUAUACCGCCUUCAUUUAUUUACUGGUAUAAAGGUAAACGUUUAAUGAAUUAUUCUCAACGUGGCGGCAUUAAUGUGAUAACGGAACGUACAACACGCACUAGCAAGCUGCUGAUAUCAAAAGCAACAUCGAACGAUUCGGGUAAUUACACAUGCUCACCAAGUAGCUCAGACUCUGCUUCUGUGGUAGUUCACGUUAUUAACGGUGAGCAUCCAGCAGCAAUGCAACAUGGCAACAACAGCGCCAGCAGCCAAACACUAUUGCUUAGUAAAACUUUACAACAACUGUCCCGCAAUACAGUAGCAGCAUUUUUCAGUGUUUCCGCGUUAUAUCAUUUGUUACAUGCAUUAGUUCAAAUUUUCGCAACAACAAAUUGUUAUGUUGUCAUUGUAGGUGUUGCUUUAUCACUACAAUGGCCACGACUUACACAGAAUGCCAGAAGGAGAAUUGUAGCCAGGUGACUGUAAGUGUUCGUCUUCAGCAGUAUACGUAGAAAAAAAAAACAAUUCGGUCUGUACCGGAUCAAGAUCUUUCACUCUGGAUCAAUAACUUUGCACAACUAAUAAUAAAAAAACAAAGACUUCAGUUCUCAAUGCAUGUAGCGUUCACAGACGGAUGAGUGCUUGGUUAUGGACUUGUAGAAAGACUCGUGUACCAGACAGUAGCAGCACAGUUCACGGAUGCUCGGGAUGUAAAAUUUGCAUUUGUUUAUAUUGUUCAUAGUUAUAAAAAAAAAGCAAGAGAAAAUACUUAUGACAGAGAUUUAGUAUAAGUUUUAAGAUUUUAAAUUAUGUAAAACAUAACGGUUAAGUAGAUAAAA